AUGUCAAGAUUAGAUAGAUUAUUAACAUUAUUAGAAACUGGAAGUAGUCCAUCAAUUAGAAAAGCAGCAGCUCAGCAAAUUGGUGAGAUUCAAAAAUUAUAUCCAUAUGAUUUACAAGCAUUGUUAGAUAAAGUUCAGGUCUAUCUUAGUAGUAAUGUAUGGGAUACUAGAAUAGCAGGUGGUCAAGCAAUAGAGGCUAUCUCUGCUAAUGUGCCUCUGUGGGAUCCUAUUCAAAGGAUUAAAGAAAAAGAAGAGGAAGAAAAGGAGCGAAUACUAAAUAGCUUACCACAAGUUAAAACAGAAGAAGGCAUUAAUCAAUACAAUGUCAAACAGGAAUCAAUAGUAGAUAGUUCAAAUAUUACCACUACCACAUCAACAACAACAUCAUCAUCCCUAAGCAAUAACAAUUUAGCAACAAUUGAGGAUGAAUUUGAUUUACAAUUUAAAAAUUUUGAUAUUGUUAAAGUUAUAAAUUAUGGCGCCCCAUUAUUAGCUUCAGGUGGUAAAGAAUUUGAUGAAGAAGAAAUUGAUCCAAAUAUGGAUCCAAAAGAAUUGAUUUUAAAACAAAAAAAGAAAUUAAAGAAGCAAUUAGGUUUAGAUGAAUUACCAGUAAAAUUGGAAUCGUUGGAUAGUUUAGUAGAGGACAAAGAUAUAGUUUUAAAUAGCAAAGCUGUCGCAAAAGCUAAAAAAGAAAAAGAGGAAAAGGAGAAAAAAGAAGAUAUUAGUCAAGUUUUAGAUACAACUGGUAUGUCGGCUCGUGAAAGAAACAAAGCAAAAAGAAAAGCAAGAAGUGCUGUUAAAGAAAAAGAAACUGUUCAACCAACUAAAAGAUUUAAAGAAGUAAAAUCAUCGCAGCCUCAAAAUAGCAAUAGCGCAGCACCAUCUUCAUCAUCAACAAAACAACAUGUUACCGAACAACCCCAAGAUGCUGGAAAAAUUGUUAUUGAAUCAAUUUUAGAUGUUGAAAAAGCAUAUAAUCAAGAUGAAUGGCCAUUCACCUCACUUUAUAAUGAUUUGGUUAUUGAUUUAUUUAGUCCUACAUGGGAAAUUAGACAUGGUUCUUUAGUUGGUUUAAGAGAAAUUUGUAAAAAGCAUGGUGGAGGUGGUGGUAAAACAAUUCAUACACCACUCGAUAAAAUGGAUUAUGUAAAUUCCAAAUGGUUAGAAGAUUUUUCACUAAGACUAUUGUGUGUUAUUACUUUAGAUCGAUUUGCAGAUUAUACCUCUGAUCAAUUAGUUGCACCAGUAAGAGAAACAUGCUCACAAACUUUGGGUAUAGUUGUAAGAUUUAUGGAUCAAGAAAGUGUUUUAAAAGUUUUAGAUAUUUUAUUAUGUUUACAAAAAAAUAAAUUAUGGGAAGUUAGACAUGGUGGAAUGUUAGGUAUAAAAUAUGUUGUAGCAGUUAGAUUGGAUUUAAUUGACGUCAUAUUACCAAAAAUACUACCAGCAUUGAUAGAUGGCCUCGAAGAUAACGAUGAUGACGUGCGUGCAGUAGCAUCAGAAACCUUUCACCCAAUUUCUAGAUUCCUUGUUGAAAAGCAUAUUGAUAAGCUGCCAGAAAUUCUAACCAUUCUUUGGGAUAUUCUUUUAGAGUUGGAUGAUUUAGCUGUAUCAACUGCAAGUGUUUUGAAUUUAUUAUCAAAUUUUUAUUCAUAUCCAGAAGUUUUACCCCCAGUAAAUAAUAGUAUAAAUAAUAAUAAUGGUAUAAACGAAUCAUCAUCCAACUCAUCUACACCACCACUCCCACACGCUCAACAUUCAAAAUUAGCUCAUUUAGUACCAAGACUAUAUCCAUUUUUUAGACAUAAUUUAUAUUCAGUAAGAUUAUCAUCAAUUAAAACUAUUGAAAGAUUAAUUGUAGCAACCCCUCAAGAUUCGAAAACUCAUUGGUUACUCUCAAUCCUACCAGAUUUAAUGCGUUAUAUUUUCCAAAACAUAAUUUUAGAAGAAAAGGAAGAAAUUGUAGAUUUAUCUUUAUCAACUUGGCAAUCAUUAGUUAAAAUAUUUAAACCAAAUGUUAUUCGUGGUGCCUGUAGAUCAUUUUUCUCUCAGUGGGUAACACUAUUAUCAACACCACCAAAUACAUUGUUGGAUAAAUCUCUUUUGGUGGAUGCCUCGAAAACCAAACCAAUGGAAGUGGUUACCAGCAGAAAGACAAAGAAAUCAAUUCAACAACAACAACAGCAACAACAACAACAAAACAUUGCAAAUUCAGACUACCUAACCACCAGAUCAAAGAUUAUUGGUUCAACUGCCUUGGGUUUGGCUGUUAGAAUGUGGCCAUCAGAGGAUUUCAAUGAAAUUCAAGAAAUGUUCCACUCGAUGCUUACCUCCGUAUCCGGUCUCCAUAAACAUUUAGCAGCUUUAAUUUUAUGUGAAGCUUUUAGCGCUGAAAGCUGGCCAAACCAACCACCAACAUUUCAAUUAUCACCAAUUUCUAUUCAAUAUAUCAACAGUCAUCUCUCUGAGGAGUUGGAUGUAAAAACUACCUCAAAUUAUUAUAUGGAAGCCACCAAUAUCGUACAAAAUAAACUACUAUCCGACGCGCGUGUACUAUCAUCAAGUUUGCUUAAUGUUGGUUUUGAUUUUAGUGGGGUCGAACUUUUAAAUAUCAUCAGUAAUCCAUCAGCUCAAAUACCAUAUGAACAUAUUAUGCCAUACUCUAUUGAAUUGGUUACCAAUGUAUAUGAUUUUUGUGUAAGCUAUAUGACACAGGCCCAACAAAACCCAAGUGUUAUUCAACCAGUUAUCGAUCAAUUAGAAGCACGUAAAAAAACAGUUAUGGUUACCAUUGGUUUUAUUGAAAAGAUUCAAACUGAAUAUCAUACUCAAGUUUUAGCAGAGAUGUCAAGUUUAUUAGUUGUCUCAAACAAUAUACCCAAUACUGUAUCACCCAUAGUACGUAGUUUGAUGUUAUCGAUUAGAAAAGAUGAAAAUAGUCAAUAUCAACUUCGUUCAGCUCGUUCAUUAUCACUUUUUACCCAAAUUUCUGUUGAUCGACCCCGUUGUCCAAAUCCAAAGAUUAUUAGCUCAUUAUUUACCAUUUUAGUUGAUGAUCGUACCGAAACACCAUUAAUUCCUGCUGAUUCACCAUCAACCUCAUCCAUUAAAACCGAAAAAGAACUAUUGCUCAAUAAACAAUUAGAUACAAAUAGUGAAUCAACAACAGCACAAACAAAUGACGAAGUUAGAUUAGCAAUUUUGGCACGUCGUGGUUCUGUAAUGUUUUUUAAUCAACUAUGUAAACGUUUUGAUAAUAAAUUAUUUGAGAGUUUGCCAUCACUUUAUGAAACCAUUUUUAAAGGCACAAUGGUCAAACUCUACACAGAGUUAAUUCAACAACAGCCACAGCAACAUCCACAACUCUUCCCACCCACAACUCUCUUUUCAAAUGACGACUUACAAAAAGUGGUAGAUGAAAUUCAAUUAAUUCGUGUAUUAUUACCAGUAAUGAACCCAUGCUAUCAUAAUCAUAUGAUGGAACUAAUUGGUGUUAUUUUCGAGUUUGUAAAAUACCCAAAACAUCAAGUCCAAUUGAUGGCCUCAAAAUGUAUUGCUCGUUUCUGUCAAAUUUUAACAUUACCAUCAAUGAGGUUCCUCAUUAGAAACCUUUUACCAUUGCUUGGCGACUCUAGAUCACUUACCAAUAGAAUGGGAGCUAUUCAUACCGUUUCACAAAUUAUUAGAGAUAUGGAAAUGCAAAUAUUACCAUAUAUUGUAUUCUUUACAAUCCCAAUUUUAGGCUGCAUGAGUGACCAAGAUCCUGAUCAACGUCGUGUGGCCACUCUUUGUUUUGCAAAAUUGGUUAAACUAAUGCCAUUAGAAAAAGGUAUUGCUGAUCCAAUUGGUCUCGAUGAUGACCUAGUUCAAAAGAAACAGGAUGAACGUAAAUUCCUCGAACAAUUACUAGAUGGUUCAAAAGUUGAAACCUAUCCUCUUCCAAUUCGUAUCAACACCGAGUUAAGAAAAUAUCAACAAGAUGGUGUUAAUUGGUUGGCUUUCUUAAACAAAUAUAAAUUACAUGGUAUCCUUUGUGACGAUAUGGGUCUCGGUAAAACUUUACAAACAAUUUGUAUUAUUGCUGGUGAUGAUUAUCAUAGACGUGUUAACUACUUAGAAAAGGGUACUCCCGAUUUUGCUCCAUUACCAUCCUUAGUAGUUUGCCCUCCAUCGUUAGUUGGUCACUGGUUUUAUGAAAUCAAGAAGUUUUGUAGUGAUGCAUCAAUGAAACCAAUGACCUAUAUGGGUAAUCCAGCAGAACGUCAAGCACAAAGAGCUCGUUUCAAAGACCAUAAUGUUUUAAUUAUGUCCUAUGACAUUAUGAGAAAUGAUAUUGACGUACUCUCAGAGAUGCACUUUAAUUAUUGUAUUCUCGAUGAAGGUCAUAUCAUUAAAAAUGCCAAAACCAAACUCACCCAAGCUGCUAAACGUUUACAAUCGAAUCAUCGUCUUAUUCUAUCUGGUACCCCAAUUCAAAACAAUGUAUUAGAACUUUGGUCUCUCUUUGAUUUCCUAAUGCCAGGUUUCCUCGGUACCGAGAAAUUAUUUAACGAACUUUAUAGCAAACCAAUUUUAGAAAGUAAGGAUCCAAAAUGUUCCCAAAAAGAUCAAGAGGCUGGUGUUUUGGCAAUGGAAGCGCUUCAUCGUCAAGUUUUACCCUUCCUCUUACGUCGUCUUAAAGAAGAUGUAUUGGCCGAUCUACCACCAAAAAUUAUUCAAGAUCGUUAUUGUAACCUAUCACCAUUACAAAUUCGUCUCUAUGACUAUUUCUCAAAAACCCAAUUUAAAGAAAAUAUUAAAAGUGAGGUCGAUGAUGAAUUGGCCGUCGAUGAAGAUGAAGAAACUAUCAAUACCAACGAAAAGAAAAAGAAAAGAGGUAAUUCAGGUAAUAAUGGUGCAACUCAUAUUUUCCAAGCAUUACAAUAUUUAAGAAAACUUUGUGGACAUCCAUCAUUUGUUUUAAAUCCAAAUCAUCCACAGUAUAAUACAAUCAUGAAGGAAUUCAGAAUGUCACCUCAAGAUCUUUUAGACAUUGGUCACUCACCAAAACUUGUUUCAUUAAAAGAACUUUUAUUAGAAUGUGGUAUAGGUGUAUCAUCACAUCAACAACUAAAAUCAUCAACAUCAAGCACCUCAUCAAUUAUUAAAAAUGAAAUUGCCAACGAGAUUUCAGCAACUACAAACCAACAUAGAGUUUUAAUCUUUGCACAAAUGAAACAGAUGUUAGAUAUUGUAGAAAAUGAACUUUUCAAGAAACAUCUCCCAAGUAUUACCUAUCUUCGUAUGGAUGGUUCAACCGAAUCAAUGAAAAGACAUACAAUCGUUAACCAAUUCAAUUCAGAUCCAACUAUCGAUGUUUUACUUUUAACUACACAUGUUGGUGGUUUAGGUCUUAAUUUAACUGGUGCUGAUACUGUUAUAUUUUUAGAGCAUGAUUGGAAUCCAAUGAAAGAUCUUCAAGCUAUGGAUAGAGCACAUCGUAUUGGUCAAAAGAAAGUUGUCAAUGUAUAUCGUCUUAUUACCACAGGAACAUUAGAAGAAAAGAUUAUGGGUCUUCAAAAAUUCAAAUUAAAUAUCGCAAACACUGUUAUUAAUCAAGAUAACUCUUCACUUCAAACAAUGUCUACAAAUGAACUACUCAACUUGUUUGAUUAUUCCGACGAACAAAAACAAUCAAAUGCUAAAUCUUCUUCAAUCAACGACUAUACAAACGAAUCCAAUAUCUCAGACACUGGUGAAGUUAGCACAGGAGCUGGUGGUAAUAAUGGUGGUAAACUUAAAAAUAUUUUAGAUUCACUUGGCGAACUUUGGGACGAAUCACAAUAUACCGAAGAAUUUAAUUUAACAAACUUUAUGAAUCAAUUAAAUUAA